CUACCUGUAGGCGUUGGUAGUCCCCUGCUACUAGACACAGAAGUCCCUUAGGCGAAAAGUUCCUUCCAUUCUGUACAGAGCCAUUUCAACAAUUUGAACUACCGCAGAGUUUAGUUUUAAUCAACCAACGAUUUCACCUCUCGCCGAUGACCCGCCUGUCCUAGGCCAAAUUUUCCAGCUUGUUAUCUCCCUAGAUGAUUGGGUCUUAUGGACGGUGUACCUUAUCAAAACAAAAAAUCAUAUUCCGGAGAUGAUAUGUCAUCAGAGCCUUGCAAAAGUCUGUGUUUAAGUUCUCGUCCCGAAAAUGGCAGUUUAUUGGUCCCAGUGGGACAAAAGUCGAUUGACAUUCAACAUUUGGGGGAUAUUUCUUCUGAAGAGUAUGAAAGGCUCGUUCUUUCUCCUCCCCCCGUUCCUCUGAAUCUCGAGGCUGCUAGUGCUGCUAUUUAUGAAGCAGCCUGUCGUUCGCACUCUAGGACACAGUCAAUUAGUGACAGCACGCCUUCCUUGAAGAUAAUUAAACACGAGGGAUACACUGAUUCACAUAGUAACUGUAGUGCAAGAUCUUCAGCUCAUGAGAUUUCCAAGCAAGGGCCAAAAGAAGUUUUGCCUUGUCAUACUGAUACAAAGCCUCAGAACAAAUGGCGACGUUUUCUGUGUUGUUUUCCUGAUAAAGCUUGCCGUCCACUACCGUCGAAACGAAAGGAUUCCUCUUCUGUUAAAGGAACAUUGUCCGCAAAGUCUCCAUCUCCCAGUGACGGUAAAUCUAACUUCAAUGAAGUAAAUGAUCUUGUAAAUAAAAAGUCAACCAAACCGGCAAAAUCUGGGAGCAAAAAACGCUCCGGAAAAUUGAAGGGUUUGUCAGUUGACGACACAACCGGAUGUAAAGCUGACCAAUUAGCGCCCCCGUCAUCUACCGAAGAAUUACCCAUACCUACUGCAUCAAUUUUCCAACCUGUUCUCCCCAGUAUGGUGUUGAAUGCUUUAGGAUCAAAAGCUGAUAGCUCUAUCCAUUCGGCUUCAGUAUCAAAUGGUUACAGUUUCAGCGAUCCUGAUGUUCGUGUAGAGUCACCAGUCUUGCGGUCGACUGUCGGAAUGAAUGUCAACACAUCUAAGUCGCACUAUCCGUUCCAAUUUUCAGCCUUAAAACGUAACACAUCUAAUGAUGCAUACGGCAUAAAGCUUACUGAUAACACUGAAUGUCAGAGUCCUACUACACAGGUAGAAAAUACUAAUGGUUUUGAGUCUGCACAUCACGUGAUUCACCAACAGUUACAGCCUUUGCAUUCAUCAUGGGUUGAGUGUGACAACCCUGAUGGUAAUCAUCUUGUCCCGGACAGCUAUCCUCAUGACCAAUAUGCUAUCAAUUACGAUAGAAAUAAUGGACAAGGUGAUGCUUCUUCCGAAAAUCUUGACCAUUUACCACCUGGAAUAGAUCUAUUGGGUGAAGUUGACUCAGACUGUGUGAAUAAAAAGUGCUUAGUUUUGGACUUGGAUGAGACAUUGGUGCAUAGUUCCUUCAAAUAUGUAGAAAACGCAGAUUUUGUUGUUCCCGUGGAAAUCAAUGGCACUAUUCAACAAGUGUAUGUCCGAAAAAGACCGUAUCUUGAUAAGUUUCUUAAAGCUAUUGGACCACUUUUUGAGUGCGUUAUGUUCACAGCAAGUCUUCGCAAGUAUGCUGAUCCUGUUUGUGAUUACAUUGAUGCCUCGUCGUAUUUUCGUCAUCGCUUAUUUCGCGAGGCAUGUGUUGAUCAUCAGUGCAAUUUAAUUAAGGAUUUGAGUCGUUUGGGAAGAGAUGUGGAACAAAUAUGCAUCGUUGACAAUUCUCCCAUAUCAUUUUUAUUCCAGCCAAGUAAUGCACUCCAAAUCGUUUCAUGGUUCGGUGAUUUAGCUGAUCAAGCUUUAUGUGAGCUGAUACCUUAUCUUACCGGUUUAGCUAGUGCACGCACAGUUGUUGAUUAUCUGAGAGAGUUCAGGCCGCCACAAAAUGCAGCUGUUGCGCAACCAGCCACUCCUACAUGGUUGUUACUAUUUAAUCAUAGUCUUCCUGGUGACAUGAACACUUUAGAAGAUAGUGAAGGUGGAGAACUUGAAGAUGACGAUAUUGCUGUGAAUUAUCACGAAGAAGAUGCUGUUCUGUCACCUCAUUAUUCUUUAAAUCAUAAUCGGUUUUCUUAACCAGUUGUAACAUCUGGCUACUUACACAUUGAUUUCAAUUCAAGGCACUGGAUUGGAAAUUGUCAACGAGUUGUUUACAACUAAACGUACAAUAGUACACAUUUUCUUCUCCAUCAAGAAUUUUUCUUUGUUCCAAACGCUCACAAUUUAUUACACAUUACAGUUUAUAAUGCAUAUGCAUUCCGUGAUUUGAAUGUGCAUUAUGAAAAAGGGCCUUUGCCUUUUUUACGUCUAUUUUUUUACGGCUGUGCAAAAAUGUAGCUUUAAUUAUAUAUAUCUGAAAACUUGUUAAACUUCACUAAAAUUACUCUGUUAAACAUCUCUAUCUUCACUGUGAGUAUUUUUUACUUUGAUUACUUUAUUUCGGAGUAUGAUAUCACACUCACUGCCUUGUAAAGACUUUGCAGAAAUUCUCAUCAUUUGUUUACUAUACAACCACCUGUCUUGUUUUUAUUUAUUCUUUCUAAGUGAAUUACCAGUCUGAUAAUAAUGCUAUGCAACUAUCGUAAGCUUAAUAGAUAACAUUUGUAAUAUAUAUAUAUAUAAUCGGAAUGUAAGUGUUUUCAUUGCUCUUCCAAUUAGUUUCGUUAAUUGUUGUAGAUUUACGUCAGUUCUGUUUGAUUCAAUUAUGAGGUUCCACUCUUGACGAUGUACUAUGCAAUUGAUUCUCCUAUAACAUAUUCUUUUCAUUUUUUCUAAAAGUCUGGAAGAAUGUGAUUUUUUUCGUGGAACUCAGGUUUAUUUGUUUUUGGUUGUAUAAAAAUGUUUUCAUAAAAUUGUUUCUUAGUUUCUCUCUUUAGUAUGCUCUUCAUUUGUCCUCUUUCACUGAGUUAUUUACUCGCUCGUUUUUCAUAUUCACUCUCUAUAUCCACUUUAAUCCUCAUCUUUACUUUUAUUCUCUACCGUAAAACCUACAGUUUUUGUCACUUGUUGCUCAAUGUAUGCAUCUAUAAUCAGUGUCUUCCUUCAUUUUACUCCAUUAUUAUAAUCCGAUUGUUUUUUUAGUGCCCCCUCUUUCUUCAUUUACACAUUUCUUCACCGAAGCGCCUUAAGUUCUUGCAUAAAUAUUCUAUAUUCUAUUGAAUCUUCAUGAUAUAUUAACCUAUUAUUUAAAUAGGUCAUCUGUAGAGUAAACCCACUUCGUCCAUACCCAGGUUUGGUUAUUCCUAACUCCAAAUAGUUUAUUACCCAUUCUUUUUUACAUCACAUAAGAAUAUAUAUAUAUAUAUAUAUAGUCUGUGUUCUGUCUUUAUUCUUUUUUUAUUUAAAGUAUGUAAGCGUUUACUCCGAUUGAUUUGUCAUAGUCUUUCAAUAUCGGACCUAAGUUUCCGAUUGCAACUUGAUUUUUCAGAACAUUUUAGGACAGUCAGCGAUUUUUGUACUCAGAAGUCGUCAUUGAAUGAUUAUCCUGGUUUUUCUUCUACUAUUGUUAUCUUUUUCACUAUUUGGCUAAAUUACUCGUCAGUUCUAUCUGUUCUUAGCCUACAAGUUUGAAAUAUGUAUUUGUGUGCUUGGUUAUAAAAUGAUAUGAGCUUAUAUACCUCAGUGUACUAGAUUUGCUCAAUAUUUGUUCUGUAUGAAACUUAAUGUUGGAUAGUAUUUGAAUUGUGUAAUGUUUCUGGUUUAUACCAGGUCAUCUAUAAAUAUUCAUUUGUGUUAUUGUUGUCGUUCUUAUUUUCCUGUUAAUUAAUAAAUUAGGCAAAUAUUUCCCAUUUCAUAAAUUUAUUACUUUAGAACCAGCAUGUCUUUUUUUCCCUCAAUAUUUUAUUUGUUUUUAUUAGAUAAUAACUUUAAAUAUAAAAGUAAAAAUAUCAAUGUCUUUUUUUAAUAAAGAAAGGUGCUUGUUAAUUUUAAAAUUCAAGAUUACUUCUAGGAAAUAAAGUGCUAUGGACUAUCCCAAUUCUAUAUGAUGUUACAUGGAUUUAAACUUAUUAUCGUUAGCCAUUACGUUUAGUUCAUAAAUAUGUGUCUACUAGGUCAAAUUAUAUACAUUAUUUCCCUUAAGUGAUCUACAAAUUUCCUACAUGAUGUAACUAGUCUAUUAACACCGGUCUAAAGUUAUACAUUUGUUUGUCAGAUGAUGCCGUUGUUAGGUUACAAUCUAGAAUAAUAAAUAUAUUUAAUUGAAGACAAUGAAGUUGGGAGGUGUAUUCCAUUCUUAAUCAGAAGACAAUUAUUUUGCUUAAAUAUACACAAAACCUGUUCAAAAUAAAGGAAUGAAAUAACCUAACAUACUGGGAAAAGUUUUUAGCAGAGGUAGAAAAACGAAGAAGCACAUAGUAGAUUUUAAUAAGGAAAUGUUUAAUCUAAGUAGUACAGAAUAAAUUACAAAAUGCUAUCCCCAGCAAGGUAAUUCAGUAUAUCUGACUUUAUCACCACCCUAACGGAAAACUCUGUUUUAAAUGGCUAAUUAUUGUAGUCUUUCCAAAUAAGUUGGGUUAAGUAGACACUCCUUUUUACAGGAGUUAUUUGUAUAGCAAACUGAAUGUUACUAGUAUACUUAUUCACUAAAUCCGUAUCAAGCUUUUUAUGGUGUAUUAAUUAAAUCAUUUAGUCAAGUUUCUAUUGAUUUAAAGUGUAAAAAACCGAAGUUUUGUGAUGAUUAGCAUAUAUGCAAUUCACCCAAAUUUGACCGCCAUUGAAGAUCGGAUAAUGAAUAUGUAAGCCCACAUAACUUAUUCUAGCUUCAGGACAAGCCAGUCUAUUAAUUCUUCUUAAACCACGUUCUGACCUUGUCACUUAUUGGCUUAUUUAUUCUGACUGUUUAGAUGAGCGUAUGUGUAUGACGUCUUAUCCUACUCAUCACAUGUCUGUAGCUUAUUUUUAUCUAGCUAUAAAUAUUGAUUAAAUGGAGUUGGUUUACAUGCCUUCUCUACUGCACACCAUUUCGUUCUCUCUUCUUCGCUCCCUUCAUCACGUCUCUCUGAUUGUCUGUUCCGAUCAAUGAUUGUACAAAAUAUACGUAUUCGAAAUUCAUUUUCGUAUUUGACUUCUUAAUUCCGUUAUACACUCAUUUGAGUUAAGUCAAUGAUUAUAUACGAGGGUAGUCAGGAUAUGUAUAUUUCAAUAGCAAUCAAUCAUCAUAAGAUCCAAAUGGAGUC